AUGGGCUUUGUGCAGGCAGCGGGCAGGGCGAGACGAGAGACGAUAUCCAGGCCAGAUAUCUUCUCUCCGUCUGCGGGAGCGGCGUGGUCGUCUUGUCGGCGAGCGUCUGGUCUCUGCGUCUCUGCGUCUCCAGCGAGUCCUGGAGGCCUUCUCGUCUUCUUUGCUGGUGCCUUGCGGUGCGAGGAAGAAACAGGAGAACGAAGAGCAGGAAAAAAGGAGAAUAGAAUAAAACAAGAAAAAAAGAACAACUCCAGUCUAUCCUGUCCGUCUGUGUCUGUCUGUCUGUCUGUCUGUCUGUCUGUGACUGUGUCUGGUGUCUUCUGUUUGUCCUCAACAGCAGGAGAAGAAGAAGAAGAAGAAGAAGAAGAAGAAGUUUUUUCGCCUUCCUUGAUUUUCCUUUUUUGUGCGAAAAAAGAAGUUUUUGAAAAGUUUUUUUAG